AUGGAAAAUAAAAUUAACCAGCAGGGUCCAAGUCAGAAAGUUAUUAAUCAGAAAUUGAACAAUACAGAUGAGAAGUAUUCCUCUCCAAUAGUGGACAUGCAAAAAUCUUUACAAAAAGGGCCAAGAAGGUUUGUGGGAAGCAGCCACAAAGCAGGCUGGAUGAACUCACUCAAGAAACAUCAAGAAGACUACAAAGCGCAGAUAGGGGAAGUCUUUGGAGACAAGAAGAAGUUGAGCUUGUCUAAACUAGACCAACACCAUGAAAAUAAGAGGAAGAUCAACCUUCAAAAGUUCUAUAAACAGAUGCUCGAUAAGCAAGUUGAGCUAAAGAAAAGCAGAGAAGUAGAGAAACGAGCAAAGGAGAUAAGAGAGGAUAUCUUCACAGCAAGCUUGGGCAAUUCUAUGACAAAAGGGUUAGAUAUCGACUCGAAGUUUCAAAAGUUUGGAAAUCCCAUGGAAUAUGAUGGAAUAUGUGCUUAUAAUAACAAAACUAUUGACUGCUUGCCUCACGAAUGGAACGAGCCAGGGAUGAGGUAUCUGAGAAAAUCAAUGAGUUCAACUAAUAAGGGAGCAAAAUUUAUGAAAGAUCCCCAAGUUAGUGGAUCAUACCUGAAAAGAAGUGUUGAUAAUUCAUUAACAAGGUAUAAUGACGCUCCAGUUGGAUACAGAAAGCAAACAUUAGACAAGAAUCAGGGUAAAAGAUCAAUGCUAGAGCCCUUACUUAAUUGAGAUACCAGGAGGAAGAUCAGGAAGCAGAUGGUUCAGAGUUACAAAAUUGAACUUGACAAGCAGAGAGCUCGUAAGCAGGUAAAGCCCCAAGAUCUGCUCGAUACUUAUGAGUACGAUGAAACUAUGGCAGUUGCAGAGCAAAGGUCUCAGGCUUAUCCUAUUAACCAGAAUGGGGCAUUUGUUAGAGAUUCUGAGUAUGAUAAGCAAAUCACAAAGUUUAUCGAGCGAGAUAUGGCAAUAGAUAAUUAUUACAAGAAAGAAAUGUUUGAUGAGGAUGUCUUUAAGAGAAGAGAUCUCAGGUCUAAAAUAAAAAAGCUAACUAGUAAUUAUGCAAACCAGCAGAGGAAUUUAUCAGGGAUGAGAAAUUCCAACAGCCAAAAGCAUCGCCUCGGAAAUGCUAGUAGGACUCCUCAGGUUCAGAAUGAAUUAACUCAUAAAAAUCCAUAUCAAAAUCCUGGAGAUUUAAAAACUAGAGAAAAGGGAUUUCAUAAGCAAAAUUCUAAAGAAGCUUAUGAUAUAAAAGAAGGAGCAAAUCAUAUGAGGUCAAAUAUGGGGUCAAGAGAUGAAAGAUUGAAAGUUCCUAAAUCUAUUAGUCAGAAGGCUCCUCAUCAUCCUCCAAGUUCUAUCUCCUAUCCAAUAAAUGAGCCAGUACCAGCUACAGUUGGAAGAUACAUGGAAAAUGAAGGUUCAAAGAGGAAAAGGCUAUUACAAGCAUCGAACCAGAUAAAUACUGGGAACCCAUUCGCCAAGCUCCAGUUACCUGCCCAAGAGGCAUAUAUCGCUAAACAUUUAGGAAUGUUUAAGCCUUAUUAAGGGUUCAAUCA